AUGAUCGCAGAGAAUUACGCCAUUCCCAAGAAAGAUGACCGGUGCCGUAGACGAGGUGGUGUGCUAUUUCGGCCGACUGAUAAACCUCAUCAGGAACAAACCAAGAAGCAACAAGGUAGACAGAUAUACAGCGAAAAACGACCAGUUUGGCCAGCAUACGGAAGACUGGGCGCAUUCUCACUGAAAAUGGUAAAGAUACUCUUUUUCUCGAGACACUUUCGGUUCUGCUUAAAAUACUCUCAGAAAUUUAUGAUGGGGCUGUUCGGUAAGAAAAAAGAUCCAAAAGAAGAGGUACGAGAGCUUCAGCGAAAAAUGCGACAAGAAAUGCGGGCAUUAGAUCGACAAGUGUAUUCGAUUCAACGAGAAGAACAGAAAGUAACCAAGGAAAUUAAAGAGGCAGCCAAAAAAGGAGAUAAAGAAGUCUGCGUGAUUCUGGCGAAGUCUAUGAUUCAAUCCAGAAAAGCGAUCAACAAAAUACACGUCUCCAAAGCUCAGAUAAACUCUGUUAUCAUGUGCAUGCAAGAACAACUGGCUACGAUGAGAAUGGCCGGAUCACUACAAAAGUCCACUGAAGUUAUGAAAAGCAUGCAGCAACUCGUUAAGGUUCCUGAAAUUAUGAAAACUAUGAGAGAGAUGUCCUCUGAAAUGAUGAAGCUUGGAAUUAUAGAAGAGAUGAUCGAAGACACACUAGAGAGUGUCGAACCAGCGGAUCUCGAAGAAAAAGCUCAAGAAGAAGUAGAGAAUAUUCUCUGGGAAGUCACCCAAGGAGAACUUGGCAAAGCCCCACUUGCAGUUAAAUCAAACAUUGGUGGAAUCGCUACUCCGGCCGCUGAAGAUUUCGAAGGAAUGGCACAGAGACUGGCUGAACUUCGUGACUGA